GGGAGGUCUGCUUUAAAGAGAAAUAUCCAGAGCUCGCUCGUUUAGUACACGCGCGCACUAUUAUUACUUUGAUCUGCCGCAGUUUCUAUUUGAUACUGUCGCUUAAUCUAUAACUAACGUUCACAUACGCUGUCUGGAGCCGUUCGCUGGGUUGGUUUAAUCUAGGAGGGAGCUGACUGUGUUAUGGGUAUGAGCCAUUGCACCAUCCCUGAGCGUCGGCAGAAGCCUGAGAAGGACGCAAGGGUGUGCACUGUGUUCUGAGGACGAGCGAGUGGAUAUCCAGACAUCGGAGAACGACGAGAAACGACGUGAAUUAUGUCUUACUAUAACCGAGAACUGGUGGUAUAUUUUAUUAAAUAUAAACUCUCACAGAGGAACUACCCCUUCAAUCACAUUGAAUUUAUAGAAGACAUAAAUCGGACUGAUGCGGCGGAAGGGAACGAUGAGGAGGCGGCAGGAACGACGACCCUCGUUAAUGGCUCCCUGAACGGAACAAGUACUGGUUCCGCUGGGACCCCACCAAGGUCCCCCGCUUCAACCCCCCAGCGUCAGACAAACGGGACUGGGGGUCUGGACGCGGUAAAGGAGGCGCUUCGCGAUUCUGCCAACGAGUUUGAGCUUCGUUAUUCCCAAGCGUUCAACGACCUGUCCUCGCAGCUCCACAUCACACCUGCCACGGCGUACCAGAGCUUCGAGAGCGUGAUGGAUGAGGUGUUUCGCGACGGCGUCAACUGGGGCCGCAUCGUGGGGCUGUUUGCCUUUGGAGGGGCUCUCUGUGUUGAGUGCGUGGAGAAGGAGAUGAGUCCGCUAGUGGGAAGCAUUGCAGAUUGGAUGAUCGUCUACCUAGAUAAUAAAAUUCAGCCCUGGAUCCAGAGCCAAGGAGGAUGGGAACGCUUCGCAGAGAUUUUUGGAAAGGAUGCAGCAGCAGAGAGCAGAAAAUCGCAAGAAAGCUUCAAGAAGUGGUUGCUGGCGGGAAUGACCUUGCUCACAGGUGUCGUGGUUGGGUCACUCAUAGCACAGAAACGCCUGUGAGGAUAAGGAUAACUGAAGAUCCAAAUACACCCACUGCUUCACUUAGACCUCCUGCUAACAUGAAGGAACUUCAAAAAUACAUUUGUUUCCGAUUUAUUUGUUUCCCUUUUAUUGCCAAGAAAUUUCAUGUUUACAUCCCACACCCCACCGUGUACUGUUGACUGAGUGGAGCGCGUCUGUGAUGUGAUGUCACAUGAUCCAGACUGCAUUGAGGGGGCUUUGCUUUUUAGCUGACUAAGAUCAAGCUAGCCUACGUCUCCUUAAACCCUGUUUAACAAAAUGAGAAAAUGACUAUAAAAAGAGUCUAGGAAAAAAGACUUAAAAAAAAAAAAAAAAAAAAAAAAAAAAAAACGAAAGUUUGACCAAACCUUCAUUCUCUGUGUCUGUAAUUAUUAUUUUUUGUUGUUCUAAAUAAUUAUUUUCAGCUCUAUUAUCAGUCUUUUUAAGUAUCCUUAUUAUACUCUCGUUUUCAAAGAGACUGACGAAACUGACAAGGAUACAAACAUUUUAUCUUUGAAUCUAAUUUAAGGUCAUUUUUUUGACUCCUGAGUUAAUGACCCGAUGACAGAGAAGAAGUUGAAUCCAAACUGAAUCGGCAGGAUUCAGUUAUUAAAUCAGCACUGACGUUUCUGAGGAAAGUUGUUGCUGUCUGGAGUGCCAGAUACCACCUUUAGGGCCCCGGCGCUACAUUUGAGGGCCUGCUUCCUCUGUGAUCUCUCUAUCAUUAGAGGACAGUGUGAAGAACAGAUGAAACAUGUUUGCGUGUGUGUUUUCUCCAAAAUAUUGUUCUGUUCUGUUCUUUUUUUCUUUUUCUUUUUUUUUUUUCCCCCAUGCACAUCUGAGGGUUAAAUGUUUGAUUACCUGCACGGACAGGUUUGAAAUCAUCUGGAGCAUCUAAAUUAAAGGACCAACAGUUAUGAGAAAUUUGUUUUGUUGUGAAAGAAAGUUCUGUAUGUUCAUUGCAGUUUGAUGUUUGAUUUAUUAAACCUAACUUCAGCUUCGGAUGAAAAUCUUUAUACCUUUUGAGAUUGUUGUAACUAGAGAUAGAGGAGACGCAGAUACACAAGACGUGAUGAGGUCACUCCUGAUGUACGUGUGGCUACCUUUUACUGUAUACACAGAUAAUGUAACAGAAAACAGCAGAAAGACAUUAGAUUAAACCAUAUUGCCACAAGA